AUGACUGACCGCUACUCAAACACCCGCUACUCCCGCUUCCACAACAUAGACAACUACGACGAUGACGACGACAUCAUAAAUCUCAACCUCAGCACCUCCACCGGCUUCGUCAACCCCUCAGCAACAACAUACCAUGACGUGCGGCCCGGAUACGGCGGCGGGGAGACCUACGACCAAGGCUACAGCCAGGGCCAAAACUACGGCCCGCAAGCUGGCGAUAAUGACGCAGAUGUCUACGACUAUGACGCUGACGUUGACUACGACGAGGUCCUCACCGAUAAGCCUGUGACUGGAACGGGGACUAGCGCUAGCGUGGUGGACUAUGCUACUGGGUCUGGCGGGUUUCGGCAUCAUCGGGAGAGAAUGACGGAGGAUGGAGUCUACCAGGCGAGAGAUGUGAAGAGGCGUGGAGAUGGGUCCAAGCAUGUUCAUCGCGAGUAUCAGAACCCGGUUACGGGGACGCGCACGGUAAGAGAUUAUGAGGUUGAGUGA